UUUUUCCUCCCUUCAUUUUGACUCUUGAUUCUUCUUAUCAUCAGCUCGAGGUUUCUGCUUGAACGUUUGUUUUUAACUCAUAAUUAGCUGCGUCGUUGAAAUCCGCGAUGGUCCAUAACGAUAUCGGUGUACAAGCGAUCGAUAUCGUUCCCACGCCAAUCGACGUUGUGGCGAUGUGUCCUAUAAGUAAUCCUAUGGCGAGAUGGAUCCCCCUAUCAUCAUACAGAUUCCGCGUACCGGUUCGUACAACGGUCUCACCGAGUGCGGCGGGCUCGCUACUCGCGCGGUCGUCGCAGUUGAGGAAAGGACCUCGCUCGUUUCGCUCGCGUUGCCCGAAGAGUAUUGUAUUGCGAGGUCGAACUUCGUUGCAUCUCUCAUCUCGCUCACCUACACGCAUCACAACGUAGCGUGUGCGAUCGACGUGUAUACAUCAGGAGGAUGGCGAUGGUCCAGAUGCUAUUUUUCUUCGGUACGGCGUUCUUCGCGUUCGCCAAGGUUGACGCUGCUCCGGCGAAAUACGAUCAACGGCAGGAUGGCGAGAUUAACGGGCACGGUACGAUAAAGAACCUCCUCUUCGUUAUGCUCUUCCCUGGUAGUAGCGGUAGUACCAGUGCUAACGACAUAAGCGAGCUAGCAUGGCAUGCUAUCCAGGCAGCGGUAAACGCUCGAUCGAAAGGACAAGGAGCGAUCAAAUCCAGUGAGGAAGUUCGCCAAGAAGAGCUCUAUUCUGCGGAAAUUCAGAUAAAUGAGAAUUAUCUAGAUAAAGAAAAUUCGGUACAAAAAGUGGAAGGAGAUACGAAAACGUUGAAUGUCUUGAAUCAACAACUGGCACCAGUUGGUGAUGGGCAAACUGAAAAAAAUGACAGAAUCGCGAGAAAUGUGAAAAAUUUCGACUUUCCGAAGAGCCGCGAGGUGCCGGUUCUUCCGGGAUACUUCGUGAACGUGAGGAAGACGUCCAGACCUAAGACGGGAGGCAGUGGCCGAGCUCGGAGCGUGGUUGGGAACGUGGUUUGGAAUUCUGACGAUGAACCUGGAAGACCAUCGUUAAAGAAGCAGCUACCUGGGGAAGAGGACGUUGCAUUAUCUUCUUCGAACGCUGAGAAAAACGACGUGUCUCCGCUGGCCGAGGAGAAGCAGCAGGAACUCAAACUGCUGGGCGACGGUGUCGAGAACUGCGGUCCAGGAAGACAUCGCGACGCGUCCGGCGUCUGCCAGUUCAACGAAUCAGCCGAUUCUCUUUAGCUUUAAGUUCCCAUGGCUGUAGAUCUUAAACAUCAAAAUGUAUUAGUUAUUAUCGUGCGAUUACUUCUCAUACGAUAUUUUAUUUUUUAUUUAGCAUGAAUUUUAUAUCAGAUUUAUUACAUCUGCUGAUAGAAAGCUUUUUUUUUGCUUAUUAGCGCAAGAAUCAUCCCACAUAAAAUGAGAAGAGCAACAAAUUAUUUAAUUAAUUUAGCACGUAAAAUGCGUUGAAUGCGAGAUAAUUAUCGUUUUAUAUAAAGUAUACAUGUGCGAAGAUUUACUGCAUGUAUCUAUUAAGCUAUUCGAUCAAUAAAAUACUUAAACAACAAUAAUAAUGUGAAUAUGUAUUUCAAUAUAAAGGGAAAAU